AUGGAUUCAUUUUACCCAAAAUUUGAUGAAGUGGAAUUGGUUUUAGUUGAUGACGAUAAUGAUUUUUACGAUCCAUUGGAAACCAAUUUCGAAAAUGAAGAUAUAAAUGAAGAUACGAAAUUGCAAUUGAAUGAUACUGUGCACGAGGAAAGCCAAUUCCAUUGGAGUACUGACGAAAUGACAAACCAUUCAUCUGAGGAUGAAAACAGUACCAUAGAACAUCCAAAAACUGUAAAACAAGACUCUUCUUGUGAAAACUAUGAUUAUUUUUGCGACGAUACCUCGUAUCAUGUGGAAAAGAUUGAUGAACCUAAUGAAAAAAGCAAUCAUUCAACGGGACAAGAGAAUUUCCAAAACAACGAUUCCUAUUAUUCCUCAGACAUACCAAUCAUUGAAUUCAAACCUAAGCCAGAUGAAAUUCUCAAAGCUGGCAAUGCACAAGAACUCAAUGAAAUGAUAUCGAAUAAAAUUGAACAAAAAAUCGAUACCAAGAAAGAUGUUCUACAAAGAGAAAAUAUUCAAACGGAAAGGCAGGAUCGCUUGAAAAAUAAGCAAAAAAAAGACGAAAUUGUGACGGUGAGCACACGAAAAAAUAAAAAGCAGCUCAAGACGAAGAAAAAAUGGCCAAAGGAAGAGAAAGUGAUGGAAAGAUUGGAAGAGAAAAAGACAAGAAACUAUAGUAGAAGAAAUGAGAUUCCAAAGGAUGUAGUGCACAAUGAAGCGUACGAUAAAAAGCUGCUAAACUGCAAAAUAUGUAAUAUUCAGUUUGAAAAAUCCCCAUUCUUCACCGAACACAUGCGUACAAAGCAUUCUAUUGAUAAGCCAUUUGAGUGUUUUAUUUGCUCUAAAGCAUAUCGAAUCAGUAGUCUCUUGGCUGAACAUAUUAGAUAUCAUUUUGGAGAAAAACCUUAUAAGUGUAAAUUUUGCGAUCGCAGCUUCAGCCAAUUACAGCCGUAUAAGGCACAUAUUAGAAAAUCACAUACUCUUGAGCGUCCAUACAAAUGUAAUUUCAUCUACGAAAACAAUUUAAAAUGUGAAGAGUCAUUCUACGAUACCAAAACAUUUAAGUUUCAUAUGAGAGAGCAUACUAAUGAGCAACCAUUCACCUGUAAAUUUUGUGCGAAAAAGUUUAAUCAUUCUGGAACUUAUCAAGCACAUAUGAGAAUUCACACGAAUGAGCGGCCAUAUCAAUGCGUACAAUGUGGUAAAUCCUUUGCACAAAUUAGCACUCACAAAGCGCAUAUGCUGACGCACAGUGCUGAGUUCAAAUUCCCAUGCACUGAACUUGGUUGUGAUAAAAAAUUCAAACAAGCCACUAACCUGAAACUCCAUAUGCGCGUGCACACAAAAGAAACACCAUACAAAUGUGAGGAGUGUGGACGGGGCUUUGCACAAUUAGUAACAUAUCGAAAUCAUAAACGAAUUCACACUGGGGAAAAACCGUUUCAAUGCACAUACAUAGACUGUGGUAAAUUUUUUCGGCAUCGUAAUAGUUAUCGACGUCAUUUGCAAACACACACGGGCGAAAAGCCAUUUCAGUGUACAAUCGAUGGUUGCUUCAAACGAUUGAGCCAGAUGUCAUCGUUUGUAUCGCAUAUGAGAAGACAUACAAAAACCGGAAAAAGUUGAUUGUCUACAUUAAAUUGAUAAGAAUCAAAUGACAGGAUAUGCAUACGUAUUAGGCAACUGAUUUUGCAUUUUACGAAUAUUCCUAUGCAUUCAUGAACACUGUACAUAUCUAUAGGUGAGAUUGAGAGUAGUGUAUGUUUCAUUGACUUUGUUACGAAAGAGAAGAGCAAGUUUCAGAGCGAGUAUGUUCGUUUUUAGCGGGUCCUCGCGGUUUUUCACGGUUUCCGCGGAACUGAUAUGAGAUAACAACAUGGUGUCUUCGACAAAGUUGUAGCACUCGAGGUCUUCUAUAACAUUGCUGAAGUCAGCUAUCUCUUAUCUCUUAUCAGUUUCGCGAAAAGCGCGAAAAAUGAUUAGAAAAAAAAAGUUCAAUAUAAAAUUUGCUUUUUUAUGUGCGCGAUUUGCGCGCAACUGAUAAGAGAUAAGAGAUAGCUGUCUUAAGCUUAGUUAUAGAAGACCUCGAGUACUACAACUUUGUCGAAGACACCAUGUUGUUAUCUUUUAUAAGUUGCGCGAAAACCAUGAAGACCGCGGAGGCUAGACUGUACUACAACAUACUCUACUUUAACGCCAACAGAAUCAUCAGAAAACAUACUCGCCUUUUCAAAAAUAUAAAUCGAAGAAAAAACAUAUUCCGCUCUCAAUCUCACCCAUAGAUAUAUUAAUACAAAGAAUACGAAAUACAAAUUAUUGGAUAUAUGUACAACGUAUAUCGUUUGUAUAUGUAUAAAAUAUUCGUUUUUUUUUUC